AUGCCCACCACCGAACCUCUACGAAACGCCCUCACCUUCGAAAAAAAGAAUAAAGACAUGCUCAAGCUCCCCAAACAUGCCGGAAUCCAAAAACGCCCGAUCCCCCACGCCCCAAUAGCAUCCCCAUAUGCCGGCGCCAGUGUCCCCAAAAUCGUCUACGUAUCAUCCAACACGCCGUUCAUGAGCGCUGUGAAACGCGUCCAGAAAUUCCUGCAACAGGCUGAGAAACGCGCGACCGCGUCUGUGAACCUGUCGAGCUCCAAGAAGCGGGACCGAGAGAGACUGGCGCAGAUUGCGCGCGGGAGUGAGGCGCUGAAGAAGGAGGAGGUGUUUGUUAAGGCGACGGGGCGGGCGAUUGAGAAGGCGCUGCGGGUGGGGAAAUGGUUUGAGGAGAGGGAGAGCGAGUAUGCGGUGCGUGUUGAGACGGGGAGUGUGCUUGUUGUUGAUGAUGUUGUUGAGGAUGAGGAGAGGAAGAGGAGUUUGGAGGAGAAGGUGAAGGGGGGUGCUUCGCAGGCUUCUGAGUCUAAGGCGAAGAAGCAGAGGCGGGCGGCUAGUGCUUUGGCGGCUGCCGAGGAGGAGGAGUUGCCUGAGACGAGGACGCGGUGGGUGAAUAAGGUGGAAGUUUCGAUUGCCUUGAAAUGA